GUUUGGCUCUGUUUUGAUUGUUGAUGUCGAAUGUACUGAAUUUUGUAUACACACAUCAGUGACUAGAUUAUCCCAAAUUCACACUCAGUUAUUGUAUAGCUCAAAUUACCUGUGCAACAUAAAGUCAUGCAAACAGAAGAAUUUUCGGACAUAGCCCUUGAACUAGGGCAAAAGAAGCAACCAAAGAGGGUCCUUCACUUCAGUGAUGGAAUACUAGAGGAAUACAGUGAUGAGGAAGAUGAAAACGAUGCGCCAGAUCUACCCAAACAAACUGUUGACACUAGUCGGUUAACGUGGCUACCUUACUUCUGGUAUUACAUAAGUAAUACACCCUCAAACACUCUUAAAGUUUGUGACUACCUUGGAGAGAAUUUGGCAUAUUUCUUCGGGAUAACGUCACCAAAGUACCAGUAUGCUAUAGAUGAGUAUAAUGAUUCUGUUGCUCAGGCAAAGGAGGAUAAGGAGAGAGCCGAGCGAGAGAAGGAAGCAGCAGGACGGUGGGCGGCAGAGAGUCAAAACGAAAUGGAAAUGCAGGUCACGAUCGGCUCCCAACCAUUGCCACAGGCACAGACACACCAGCCACAAGAGCAACCACUGGUGUUGAACCCGGCUCAGUUGAAGUAGUCUCGUCAGUAGCACAUGGUUUUAAUAGCCUGUAAUUGAAGACCGUCCUUUACAAUGAGAAGGUUAUAUAUUUUUCGUAUGAAUGUAUUGGCUGUAUUUAAUUACUUAAGCUAUAUUCGCACACACCUAUAUUUGUUAUGUUUUUGUUAAGUAGGUUUCGUUGGUGUUUAGUAUUACAAGAAAUUAGUAGUCCCUAUUAAUAAUAAAAAAAUUUAA